UCUGCUCCCGCAGGUUCCCGUCCUCGCUGUGCGUGGGGCUGGGCCAGAUGGUGGCCACGGUGGCCGUGCUCUGGGCGGGGAAGGCGCUGCGGGUGGUCAAGUUCCCUGACCUGGACAGAAACAUCCCUCGGCGGACAUUUCCUCUACCUCUGCUCUACUUCGGGAACCAGAUCACGGGGCUGUUCAGCACCAAGAAGCUGAACCUGCCCAUGUUCACGGUGCUGCGCAGGUUUUCCAUCCUCUUCACCAUGUUUGCCGAGGGAUUCCUGCUCAAGAGGAAGUUUUCCUGGAGCGUUCAGAUGACAGUAUUUGCCAUGAUCUUUGGUGCAUUUGUGGCUGCCAGUGCUGACUUGGCAUUUGACCUGGAGGGAUAUAUUUUUAUCCUCAUUAACGAUGCCUUAACAGCUGCAAACGGUGCCUAUGUGAAACAGAAGCUGGAUUCAAAGGAGCUGGGCAAGUACGGGCUGCUCUACUACAAUGCACUGUUCAUGAUCCUGCCCACCCUGGGCAUCGCCUGCCUCACCGGAGAUGCUCUGAAGGCAGUGGAGUACCAGGGCUGGGCAGACACCUUCUUCAUCGUGCAGUUCAUCCUGUCCUGUGUGAUGGGGUUUAUUUUGAUGUAUUCCACAGUUCUUUGCACUCAGUACAACUCUGCUCUUACAACUACAAUAGUUGGCUGUAUUAAGAAUAUUUUAAUAACCUAUAUUGGGAUGUUUUUUGGAGGAGAUUAUAUUUUUACAUGGAUGAACUUCAUUGGUUUAAAUAUCAGUAUUGCUGGGAGCCUGGUCUACUCCUACAUCACCUUCACCGAGGAGCAGAUGAGCAAGGAGCCCGAUGCUGGCAGCAGGAUGGAUAUCAAAGGGAAGAGCUCGGUGUGAGCAGGGAGAGGCUUUUUUUUGGGAAGCGACCCGUUCCUGCUGGCUUGAUCGCGGGCAGGAGGUGGGCAGAGCCCCUGGGGGUGCUCUUGAUUUGCACAGCUGAGAUUGCUGCCUUCACAAAUGCUGGGGGAGCUCCCUGCAGCCUGCACGGGGAAAGGGUCAGCCUAAUUGAGUCUGAUUGGGAGCAAUUAACGGGUUUCUAAUCGAGCUGGGGGUGUGGCAGCAGAGACGGGCACAGGGCUGGAGUGCUGCUGGCAGGGCUGUGCCAGGGCUGUGCCAGGGCUGGAGUGCUGCUGG